AAAAAAAAAGAAGAAGAAGAAAGAAAAAAAAGGAAAAAAAGAAAAUUGCCUGACACUCCACUCCAUCCCCUUACAAUAGUCAGCUGAAACUGGAUAAUCCCUGACUCCCAAUAAUGAUGUUGGGCCAGCAAACGCGCUUCAGUAUGCUCCCUGGCUUCUACAUAUACUGUGCAUCCCAGACUUUAUGUGUCUCCUAAAUGUGAAAGGGCUUCCAUCUUAAGAUGGGAACACCCAGGAGCUAAUUAUCCCUAGGAGCUGAGAGAAGCCAGGCCACUUUUGACAGCUUUCACUGUGCCUGGGGAGAGGCACUGAAACUUUGGGAGCAGUCUGGUCAUUACCCCGAAGGACACGGGACUGUAUGUAACUAUAACCACCACAUUGAUUCGAAAUGGAAAAUGGAAGGCAAGAUGCUCAGCUCUUCCACUGUACUGUGACUGGCGAUAGUGCCAUGAGGCCGCGGGGCUUGCUGUGACCCCACUGUUUAAAGUCAGUUUUUAGUCCUUGUAUAGACUGGAGCUGCAGUAGGUAGUUGGGGCGGUCUACGCCAAGAUGAGCGCCCUUUAAACACUAACUGGGCAGACGGGGCUGGGCCACAAGGUCGGUCCAUCAGAGGAAGGUCCUACCUUGGCAGACUUGCAAGCUUGCUCUCUCAAAACCGGGAAGAGGCGUGUCGUUGGGCUGGUGCAGUCCAGCCAACCGGUCUCUUAGGUGAGAGGGGCGUGUUCGGAGGUCUGCGGCCCCGCCCUCCCGCUUGUCCUCUCGGGUAAAAGGCGCCGGGUUUCCCUUACACUGCGCAGACGCGGCCCCACCCACCGGCCCUCCCGAAAGGGCGUGCCUCGCGCUCCUCCAUUGGCCAGGCACGACCCCGCCCCACUGCGCACGCUCUCCUGACACCGCUGUCGCUGUCUGCCCUUCGCGAUGGCUGCCGUGAGGGUUCUGGUGGCGCCGAGGCUGGCUUCUGCGCUCCUGCCGCUCUCGGGGCGCCACCUGACUCCCUCCCAGCGCGCAACCCUUCACAGCUCCGCACCGCGGCCCGGGGCCAGAGUGGCAUUGGUGCUGUCGGGCUGCGGAGUCUAUGACGGAACCGAGAUCCACGAGGCCUCAGCGAUCCUGGUGCACCUGAGCAGAGGCGGGGCUGAGGUCCAGAUCUUUGCUCCUGAUGUCCCACAAAUGCACGUGAUUGACCACACCAAGGGGGAGCCUUCGGAGAGCGAAAGCAGGAACGUUUUGGCGGAGUCAGCAAGGAUUGCCCGAGGCAAGAUCACCAACCUCACUCAGCUCAAUGCUGCUAACCACGAUGCUGCCAUUUUCCCCGGAGGAUUUGGAGCUGCCAAAAACCUGAGUACGUUUGCUGUGGACGGGAAGGACUGCAAGAUUAACAAGGAAGUAGAGCGGGUCCUGAAGGAGUUCCACGGGGCCAAGAAACCCAUUGGCUUAUGCUGCAUUGCUCCCGUCCUUGCAGCCAAAGUGAUCAAAGGUGUGGAGGUCACCGUGGGCCACGAGCAAGAAGAGGGUGGCAAGUGGCCUUAUGCUGGAACUGCGGAGGCCAUCAAAGCCCUGGGUGCCAAGCACUGUGUGAAGGGUGUGACCGAAGCUCAUGUAGACCAGAAAAACAAGGUGGUCACCACCCCGGCCUUCAUGUGUGAGACCGCACUUCACCACAUCCACGACGGGAUUGGGGCCAUGGUGAAGAAGGUGCUGGAACUCACAGGAAAGUAACGCCACCUGGACCACGCUUGGCCUCCGUCUGUCCGUCCCCUUCAGCCAGGACUUGGGCUGCUUUCCUAUUAGAAAGCAUAGACACUUUCUACCUGAAGGGGGAGCUUUGCCUCUGUCCACCCUGAGCUUCUACCAGCAGGAAGCUCCAAGUCUCUCCGUGGGCCCCAAGUAGCAGCAGGAGCUUCAUCCAGGUGCUUGAGUCACGGUGUGUCCCCAGUGGAAGGUCUGAGCACCUUUUUCAGAGCCUGGUUGAAGGACUUCCGUUCUUCUACCCUAGGUCUGAUGGAUGUCUUAGGUUAUAAGUCAUCUGAUCAUCAGAGGCACCUUGUUUGUGGAUAAAGAAAUGCUCUCUGAGUAAUCACAGAGUACUCACAGCUAACUAAAGCCAGGGAAGUCUGUAGCGGGUCCCUGUCGCCACAGAAUAAACUCUUCUUCCACAGUGGAAACUCCC